AUUUCUCGUUUCGUUCCCCUUCGUUUAGAAUGACACUAGUAGUUAGUUAGUGGAAGUGUGUUUAUUGUUUUUUUCUGCUGUCAAUUUAGUUUUCAUUAAACUCUACACGCUUCCUCGCGAGCCGUAAAGGGAAAACCUACACCAGACAAAUCUCUGCUAAAAGCAAUAAAGUAAAGAAAAUGGCACCAAACGCAGCAGCUCAACCUGUUCCACGUUCACGUUAUGAACCAGAAACUGGCAUCAAUGCUAUUCUAUUGGGUCCUCCUGGUUCCGGCAAAGGAACUCAAGCCCCUUUGUUGAAGGAAAAAUACUGUGUCUGCCACUUAUCCACUGGUGAUAUGUUGCGUGCUGAAAUCAGCUCUGGUUCCGAAUUGGGUGCCACUCUCAAAAAAGUCAUGGACGAAGGCAAAUUGGUGUCUGAUGAAUUGGUAGUCAAUAUGAUCGAUAAGAAUUUAGAUAAACCUGAAUGUAAAAAUGGUUUCUUAUUGGAUGGCUUCCCACGUACCGUAGUACAAGCUGAGAAGUUGGAUGAAUUAUUGGCCAAGAGAAAAUCUGAAUUAGAUGCUGUUAUUGAAUUUGCCAUUGAUGAUAGUUUGUUGGUGCGUCGUAUUACCGGCCGUUUGAUUCAUCCCAGCAGUGGACGUUCUUAUCAUGAAGAAUUUGCUCCACCCAAAGUAAACAUGAAGGAUGAUGUCACUGGUGAACCUUUGAUCAGACGUAGUGAUGACAAUGCUGAAGCUUUAAAGAAACGUUUGGAAUCUUAUCACAGACAAACCAAACCUUUGGUUGACUACUACGCCUUGAGAGGUUUACACUUCAGCGUUGAUGCUGCCAGAAAAUCUAGCGAUGUCUUUGCCCAUAUUGAUCAAAUCUUUGUCCGUCAACGUCAACAAAGAGCGCAAUCUUGAUUAGGCUUGUUUUUAAGCAAAUUAUUUAUUUAAUACUUGAUUUUUGUUUACAAACCUAUUAUUAUUUUUUCUUUUUUUUUAACUGCCAGAAAAGUAAUAAAUGCAAGAUUUUAAUUGUUUCCCCUUUCUCACCUAAAGUUUUAGUAAAUUUGAAUUUAUUAUUUUAAUUUAAAUUUAUAAAAUAAAAACUUUAUUUACAAAUGCAUAAGAGAAAAAAAAAGAAAACAAACAUAAACAACCUGUACUAUAACAAAAUGACUAAUUCUUCUUGUAAAUGUGUAAUAAACAAAACAAAAUUUUAAAACAACAAAAUAAUAUACUACUUAAAUAUAAAUAAAAAAAAAAAAAAAAAUCUAAAU